AGAGUUUUUCACUGGCGAGUUUGUACCUUGCAAUACAAAUCGUUCGUAAGUAUUAUUGUUUUGAUUUUUAAAUUAUUUUCUGUUUGUCCUAUAUUUACACAACUUUUCAAAUAUAAACACAAGGUCCCUCGAGACCUUGUACAAUAAAUAUUAGCACGAAUGAUAAUGCUUUCUUAAGUUAUCAAAAUUUAUGCGCCUUUAGGCGACAAAAUCGAGAUUAUACAAAAAUCUUUAGUUCGCAUUUGUUAUACUGACGUUCUAACGCUAGUACUGACGUUCUAACACUAGAAGAUGUUUUUGGAAAAGAAGAUCUGGUAAAUGUUUAAAAUGUACAUGAUGUUAGUCAACACGAACAGACGCACCAAGGAUUCGACAAGCCAGUUGAAAUUAUAUUGUGCCGUCGAUCUCAUGCCGAUUUUUGCGCGGGCUUUGUUUAGUUUCCACUGGUGAGAAUUUUGCCGAUGUAUUAAUCUUUGGAUUCGUUUUGUUCUUAAAGAACUUUUCAAGUGAUUGCCUGCGUAUCUGUCCUGCCAGUGCAGUGGGGAACGAUAUUUUAUUUAUUCAUGAUUAGCGUCGCGAUUGAUAAGCGGUCCGAUCAGCGCUUGGUGUUGUCAGAACUGGUGGUUUGGUAUCGACGCUUGACUUGACAACCGGGCAAGCCCAAGAAAAUAUAGCGAAAGCGAAGCACUCAGGAAAUCAGCCGUAGGUGAGCCACAGUUUCGAUUUAACGGUGGGAAUCCUGAAGUGAUUUUAAUUCUCAGACGAGCCACAAAUGAAUAAACCGCUGUGUAAUUGAGGGAGACGUCGUCAUCGAUCAAUUUUAUCGCUGAGAGAAACGAAACAAGGAGUUGUUAAUCCGCCACAAUAACUAAAUUUCACAAUGCAUUUGAAGGCGUACAAACAGGUUCAACAACCCAACGAAAUGAAAGAAAGAACGCCGAACAGCUCUAACGAAUGGGAAAAUAACUUUUCAGCGUGGGAUCACAUAAAGAAAACUGCAAAUGUAAAAGAGAACUCUGAAGAGGCUCACAAGACAAAAUACGGCUUGUCAAGCAACCAAAUGCCCGAAGUGUUCAGGACGCCAUUCAUCGUGUCUGGUUAUCGACGACCCGGGUUAACCUUCUGCGAAUGUAUCAAAAGUCUGCUCCGAUCUUCCAACGAAACUAUCAACUUCUGGAGCCACCUGCUCGCUCUGGUACUGUUCGUGUCUGUAAACAUGACCUCCUUACCUAUGACUGACUCGUUUUUCCUGCCGCUGAUCUCCUUUGCCAUGGGAAUUUCGGUUCUAUAUUUAAUGAGUUCCUCUGCACAUCUCUUCAACUGCAUGUCGGAGGAUUCCCAUAGAAUUUGUUUUUUCUUUGAUUACGCGGCUAUCGGGUUUUACACGUUCACCGCAGGGCAAGCAAUGUUUUUCUACUCUAGGACCGCGGGCGCGUCUACUUGGGCGCUGCACGAUUCACUAGCCAUUUUCCAGUCUGUUUCGACGUUCUUUUCGUUUUUCAUAACUUUUUUGUGUUGCGCAUCGAACCAUCCACGUUGUAAAGAUUACAAAGCCGUGCUGAGGGUCGCCGUCCUUGCGGUAAACUGGCUUGUUAUCACAUCACCCUACACGGUCCGUAUUUUGUUAUGUGAAAACGCCGACCCAGCGUAUAACGGCAUAUCCAAGGUGUAUUUCAAACGCCAUGUUAUCUUCUGCGGUUUAGGCGCUGCGUUGUACGCUGCGAGAGUUCCAGAGCGUUUAAUGACGGGUGUGUUCGAUAAUUUUGGCCAAAGCCACAACUUGGCCCAUAUAUUGAUCGCCAUGGGUAUCCAACAGGCGUUCAACGCGGCCCAAGUGGAUCUUCAAGAAAGGAGAACAGCUCUGUUAGAUCGUUUUUCUUCACAGCCCACUCUUAUGAACACAGUCGGCGUAGCCAUGUUUGUUCUGUUUGGACAUGUUGCCAUUGUUUUGUGGUGUGCGAGAAAACUGCGAUCGAUUUCUGUAAAGCACAAACCUGAAAACUGACAAUUAAAUAUCGCAUGAAUUUAGGACCAUGAUUUUAGGCUUUUUCUUAAGGCUUCAAAGAGUAAAUUGCUUUUCUUCGAAGCUCCUUGGACUUUCUUCAAAAACGGAUGAGAGGUACAAGAUCUCUCUUGUAGAAAAACCAAACAAAAAAACAUAGGAAUCUGUUUUUUUCCCUUUUUGAUGUAGCUACGUAGCGAUGUAUUGACUUGUUCUCUGCAGCCUGCAACAUUAUCCUCGGCGUGAGGAAAACCACAAAACAAAAGCUCUUUAUGAAGGGAAAUUACCAAAUUAGGUUUUAGCCACCAAUUACGCGUUGUGGGCCAAUUGUUUGUUGCCGCUUUUUCAUUGUCACGCGGUUUAAAACAAUGUAACCGCCAUUGAAAUCGAGAGCGAUAUUGCUGAGCCUUCUUUUGAAAUCGACCUUGUGGACCAUUAAACAAUUAACAAUGCAUACUGAUGUUAGGUGGAGAGGAUUAAAAGAAUGAGAGUUAGUAAGAACAAAGUAAACGAGCACGGAUUACAAAUGAUCAAGUUGAAGACUUUAGGCUGAAUAUUCAUUUCAAGAUACACUAAACCUUCACGCGCAACAUACUUAUAUUUUUUCCUAACCUUUUUUUUUUUUUUUUUAUAUCAUAUGAUAUUUGUUUUGUUACUUUUGAUGCUUAAGGAUGUGAGAGAGCCGACAUUUUUUCCUCAUAUUAUGUUUUUUACGUAGUAUUGAUAGGUGACUAAGACCAAGCAUACCGUUGAAGUUUAUUGUGGCGAUAGAUAGUCUUUUCCAAGCCGUUAUAGUGUUAUGAACCCUCGCGUAUUGUUGGGAGAACACAAAUCGCGGACCGUGACGCGGGUGAUUGUUAAUCAUUUUCAACGUUUUACAAAGAUCCCGUGAGUGUUUACCAUGGUUUAAACCCUAG